AUGGAUUCUUCCUUGCGCUUUUGGGGUUUCGCCUCUGGCACCCGCACACGGUGCUCAGUGCGACCCGUUCUUACGGAAGGAUCUGUCGGGCAACGUCGCGCAUGCAUCUGCGCAGACCGUUCGGGUUUUUGCGUGACGCUUGGCAACAAGCCCACGAGACUGCCGCGGUCCAUUGUUUUCUCUCUCUCUUUGUUUGCGGCAACUUAUCUGUUUCUUGCGGUCUUUUCCCUGCAUUCGUCUUUCCAGUCCGCCCAAGCAGCUGCACCCGGCAUCUACCUUAGAGGCGCCGACGAAAGGAAACCCAGCGAAAAUCGCAUAGAGCCUGCUGAUGCGUCGUCCGCCGCGGCGCCGCCGCGUUCUCCGGCACUCCACCUUCUUUCUGGUCUCUCACCGUUCAAGUCUUCGACUUCCACGGCGUCUCCUGCCGGCUCGCCUUCAGAGCCCGCGUCGCAGUCGCUCUCGAAGCCUGCGGCCCCACUGCUCAAGCCUACACACUCGCGGGCCCCGCUGCUGUCUGGCAAGAAGGCCGAAAGGCACCCGACAGACCAGAAGGCCGACUCGCCGCAAGAGAACGAAGCCCGACCUCCUCUGCUUGCGCAUCUGCUAGCGCCGCACGACGACGCCCUCGACACGCGACGCACAGGUUCGUUGUUGUCGCCGCCACCCUCUAGCGCCACCACCCCGCCGUCUUCUGCGUCUGGUUCGCCCCUGGCUGCUCUGUCGAACGGCGCCCUCGAGAAAAACACCGCGUCUUCGUCCGCGACGUCGCGCAAGCCUUUCCCCUCCCUGCUUCCGCGUGUGAGAGCCAAGAAAGGAGGUGCGUCAGCUGGCGAUCAAGAAGGCACGAAGCGCGAAGUCGUGACCCUUCCCGAAGAGUUCCGCGCUCCGCGCCCUGUGCUGGCGACCCGCGGACGGUCGCUGCAGGCGACUGACUACGAGGCGGCCUCCUCAGCGGAGUUGAAGGCGACGCAGGAAAGAGGCUUCGAGACGCUCCAGGCUCUUCUGGCUCAAGCCCCCCAGACGCAGACGGUGCCCGUCCUCCCUCUCAAGGUCUUGGAAGUUGAAGAGGAGACGCAGACGCCUGAGCCGUGCGCCUGCGACGCCUGUCAAGAAGACCGCGGCGGCGAACCGGCAAAGAAAGAAGGAGGCCUCGGUCCGCCGUGCGUUUGCGAAAGCUGCCUGAGGAAGGCCGCGGAGGAGGAGCGGAAAAAGGCCGAAGAAGAGGAGGCGAGGAGAAAAGCUGAGGAAGAGGAGAAAGCGCAGACACCCGACGAAGCGGAGAAGGAAGAGGAGGAACGCAAGGCCGAAGAGGGGAAGACCGCUGAUCCAUCCGUCGAGCCCGCGGAAGACGCACACGAGGGCGAGUCGCAGCAAGCACAGGAAACGACGUCGAGCUCCUCCGCGGCGCCAGACUUGAACGUCAAAGGGACGGAUAUCUCUCCACGAGCAGCGAGCGCCGCGUUGUCGUGCGCCGUUAGCACUGGCGCCCUCGGCGUUGCGGUGGGGACGGCAGUCGUUCUGCAAUUCUUCUAA